AUGUGUAGUACAAGUGUGGAUGAUGAGGGCUGUCAGAGGCUGUUCUCACGGAGUAACAGCAUCAUGGAGUCGUCAGAGCAGACAGAACUGGUGAUUCCACGUCAAUUCCUGUGCUGUAAAUUGUGUGAUGAUGACCUUAAGAAACCAAAGUAUUUACCAUGUCUACACACCUUCUGUCUAAAGUGUAUGGAGGAACACAUCCUGUCUAACACUGACAGUGAUGGUUACUUCCCUUGUCCGACCUGUGCCACAGAAACAACCCUGUCCUCUGAGAGUGUUGACAAUUUACCGAGCAACAUUUUAGCCAUGCGUUUAUUGAACCCUGUGACAGAACAGACAACAUGUGAUAUGAUCUGCAGUACGUGUAAAAACAGCGGCAACUUCGUAGAUGCCGAGUCUCACUGUGUAACAUGCGACAACUUCCUGUGUAAAACAUGCUCUGAUUCCCAUGACUCCCAGGACGAGACCUCAGCACAUAAAACACAAUCAAUGGAUGAUUACAACAGGAGAACCCCAUCCAAUCCUAAACAGGGGGAGAUAAUUCCAACAUGUUGUAGUAACUACGACCCCAUUGAUAUUGGGGCCCUGUUCUGUGUUGACUGCGACAUGUCAGUCUGUGCUGACUGUCACAUAGCCAAUCAUGGUGAUCAUCGAUGUACAGAACUUAUGGCAGUAGCUAACAACUUUGAACAGAAAAUUCAGGAGCCUCUGUCUGAACUUGAUAAUGAUCAUGACAUUUUGAUGGAGACUCUUAGAAAUUUGGACAAAAAGCAGAUGACUGCAGAGAAAAUGCAAAAGAGUCUGACUGACAAUGUUAAGAGGAGAACUCAAGUUCUUUGUGGUUUGAUACAGAACUAUGAACGUUUGCUGCUUGAAGAGAUCGGGAAACGGCAUCAUCAGCAGUUGCAGGAAAUAAAAAACCAGAAAUAUGAUAUGAAAACCCAUCUUUCUGCCAUCAAAGGUGUGAAGGACUUCACUGAAACUCUGAGAAAUUAUGGAACAUAUGAAGAAAAAGUUUACAUGAGGAAAAAGGUUGGAUUUCGUAUCCGUGAACUUUGUGAAGAACCAUUACUACCAGAGACUAAGGAAAUUCUGGAUUUAAAGCUAACAGAGCCCCAUGUUACCGUAGAGACAAUCUGUGAUAUGUUUGGGGAGCUGAAGGAGGUUGGUGCCCCAGAAACAAAAACACCAGGUUUAGAAGACUCUUUGUCUGCAAGUUACAACUUAUCUCAUGCUCUGGACUCUGGCCAUGGAAGUGAUAAUGACCCAGAGCUAGUAGAGAUCCUGAAUUCAGCCAUCGCCAAUGGCAUGCUGAGCCAGUCCCACAGCGGCUCAGAUACAGACAUGCUAGGGGCCAGCAACACUUCAGAAAACAUGCGCAAUGUUAAAUUCAGUGAAGAGGUCACAGAAUCGGAGUAUGAAACUGAUUUAGGAUACAACCUUGAAAACCCGAAACGUGAGUUUGUCCUCCCCCCCGGGAUACAGCGAGAAUGUUUUAAAGGUAUGGGUGUCAAUAACAACGGUGACAUAAUUGUAGGGACAACCUGUAAGGACCACCAGAGCAUCUAUGUGCUGGAAAAACACGGCAUUCUGCGAGGACAAGUACCUGUGGAGAAUGGUUGGAAUAUCCAUUCCGUUUCCAGUGAUGGUAAGGUGGCCCUUACUGUGCCAAGAGGAGAUAAUCGUUUUAAAGUCCGAGUGCUCACAAAUGACGGCUCUGGACAUGCCUUAACAGAUUCUCAUGUGGAGAGCUUUGGAUUAAAUUUUGUGACAGCUGACAAGAAUGGUAGAUUGAUGAUAACAUCUAAUCGCUACGCACAGAUUCGUAAGAGUCAUGGCAAAUCUGCAAAGUCAGGUGGAAACGUUGCCGUGUUUGAACGAGAUGGUCAUCUGAUGCAACGGAUCACAAAUGAGGAUUUCCAGGAGGCAGGCAUGUACCUACUGGAGAAGCCCCAGUGUAUUGUGUGUGAUGACAAGCGCCGCAGGUUUUACCUAGCUGACUCGGGCAGCCAUUCUGUGAUCAGUUUUGAGCAAGACGGACAGCUCGUGUUUCAGUAUGGAAAUACUGAUACUGAGGAUGAGGUUUAUCAAGGACCAGACAUGGUUGCCUUCGAUAAGUAUGGCAAUGUCAUUGUCACCGACAAACGGGAAGGACGCAUUGAUAUUCUCAGUUCAAAAGGUGAUCUCAAAAAGUCGUACUUCAUGGAUGAUAUUCCUCGUUUUGUAGGCGCUACCCCAGACAAGCUUCUGAUGACAGCCAUGACGGAUGGUAGUGUCAAGUUUUACGAGUACCUGUAA